AUGGCUUCACCUACUCAGGAAACCAUCAAAAAUGAGCCAUCUUUACCUAGUUCAUCAAAUUCUGAACAGUCCACAACAAAUACAACUAUAAAAAAAGAACUUAGCAAUUCUAUAAUAAAACCAGAAGAUGAAACAUUUGAACAAUUUUAUUCCGAAGUCAAAGCAAUAGAAAAACGUGAUUCAGUUUUAACACCAGAACAACAAAUUAAUCGACUUCUACGUCCCGGUGCCACAUAUUUUAAUCUUAAUCCAUUUGAAGUACUUCAAAUCGAUCCAGCAACACCAUUUGAAGAACUUGCGAAACAUUAUCGAAAGUUAUCAAUGCUUGUUCAUCCAGAUAAAAAUCCUACAAUGACUGAUCGUGCAUCACUUGCUUUUGAAGCAAUUAACAAAGCAUAUAAAAUUCUUGAAGAUGAAAAAGAACGUAAAAAAUGCCUUGAAGUUGUCGAAGAAGCUCGAGAACGUGUGGACAAAAUGGUAACAAAUCGGAUUCAAGAAAAACGAGCUAAAUAUAAAAAUCAGCCAAUAGAAGAAGAUACUCCUGAUGGACUUAAAAAAGCUCUUUGGUCGGUGACAUGUAAAUUAUUUGCAGAUAUUGAACGAUUGCGUGUUCGAGAAGAAUCAAAUAAAGCGGAAGAACGAAAACGUAAAGCUGAAGAAACAACUGAUCGUGAAGAAAGAACGAAAUUACGUAAAGAAUGGGAUAAAAAUUAUGAAGAAAGUCGUGAAACACGUGUGAAUAGUUGGAAAUCAUUUCAAACAGUUGCUAAAGCAAAAGAUCCAGUUAAAGGCAAAGGACCUGCUCUAUUCAAACCACCCAAAUAUAAACCAGAAGGUCGAUAA